CUCGAGGACACUUUUCUCUUUGAGUUAACUAAGAAACCAACAGCUACAACAUGUCUGGACGUGGAAAGGGAGCCGGUAAGACCAGAGCGAAGGCCAAGACCAGGUCCUCCAGGGCCGGGCUCCAGUUCCCCGUCGGCCGUGUCCACAGACACUUGAGGAAGGGUAACUACGCCCACCGUGUCGGCGCCGGAGCUCCGGUGUACCUGGCGGCGGUGCUGGAGUACCUGACCGCUGAGAUCCUGGAGCUGGCCGGCAACGCGGCCCGCGACAACAAGAAGACCCGGAUCAUCCCCCGGCACCUGCAGCUGGCCGUCCGCAACGACGAGGAGCUCAACAAGCUGCUGGGCGGAGUGACCAUCGCUCAGGGCGGCGUGCUGCCCAACAUCCAGGCGGUGCUGCUGCCCAAGAAGACCGAGAAGGCCGCUAAGAAGUAGAGGCCCGGACCACCACAACAACAACAACAACAACGGCUCUUUUAAGAGCCACGCACACAACUAGAGACAACAUCCUUUUAUAUUAAUGUGAUCAAGGGUUUAGAUCUGGUUCAAUUAAAAAAAAAGAUCUUAAUGAAUCUACAUGAAUAUUUAUUUAGAAAACUUGAUUAUCUACUUUACCUAAAUCUAAUUAAAUUACAUGAAUUGUAAUAACGAGAACUACUAUUCUUUUCAACUAAUAA